AUGCUCCCCCAGAUAUGGCCUCAAGGCUACAAACGAGUUGACUCUAGCAGCAGCCUUGAAGAUGCUGUCACCCCCGAGAAGAAUGGUUCAAGCCUCCAGCUCUUUGCAAAACGCCUUCUGCGUCUUCCCCUAAAAACAAUAGCAUUCCUCAUUGCUGCUCUCCUCAUUUUACCCGGCCUACUAGCCCUCAACUCUCUUAAGGGCCACGCAUUCUUGGCCGGAGAGAUUGCGACCGGCCAAGCCUAUGAGACAUACCCGCAGCAGGACAUUGCCAAGCUUCCUUCAAAGGAUCGACGGCUUAGUAUUGUCCUCCCCGCCAAUAACCCAGACCACGAUUUAUGCAAAGUCAUCACGAGUGCGUUGGCAUUGGGGUAUCCAGCCCCGGUUAUUGUGAACUGGGGUAAGACGUAUGAUAAAUCCAAAGGAUGGAAGGGAGGGUCCCAUCUGGCGAAAAUCACAGGUACUCUGGAGUAUCUCGAUAGUGUUUCGAAUCCCGACACUCCGGACGAGAAUAGACUCGAGGAGAAUGAUAUCGUUGUCCUCACGGACUCGUAUGACGUUUGGUUCCAGCUUCCGCCAGAAAUCCUCCUCAAGCGAUACCACGAAGCAAACCGUCAAGCCAACCAGCGCCUGGCAUCACAAUGGAACGGCCGCGGAAAACCCCCAAUGAAACAAACCAUUAUCGUAUCAGCCCAGAAGAAAUGCUUCCCUCCGCCAUCAUCAGGCUCAGUCCUCCACUGCGAUCAACUCCCCGAAAGCCCAGCUCGUAAAGACCUCUACGGGCCGAACACCGACAGAGACCCCGACGUGUUUCACGAUGUACGACCGAAAUAUCUCAACAGUGGGAGCAUGAUUGGUCCCGUUGGCGAUAUGAGAAAGUACUUUCGUCGCGUGCAUGAGCGGAUGCAGAGAGGGUUGGUGAAUGGCAAGGAUUUGUACAGCGAUCAAGGAAUAUUCGGUGAAAUCUUUGCGGAACAAGAAAUCUGGCGGCGCUGGCUUCGUAAGAAUACUGUGUCUCGAAAGGACAAGAGCUUCGAUAUUAUGCAUGGCGAUUUCGAGUACCAUGUCGGGCUGGACUAUACGCAGAAUCUGUUCAUUCCGACCGUUUUCGAGGAGCAAGAUGGGGAAAUUAUUGCGUUGAAUAAUGAGACUGGUAUUACGGAAAAGUCAGUGUCUCUCGGGAUUGAACCAAGAUUAGACGGUGUACCAGACGAUAUCCAAUCUUCUACAAACCCACUGAACAUGUACGUUCUUCAUGAUCCAGCAGAAUGGGGAGAUAUGCCCGUAUAUGCCGAUUUCUACUCCACUGCCAUUCCCGUCGUCGUCCAUCACAAUGCUCACAAGGAUGGAGCCAAGAAACGUCGAUAUCUCUGGUGGGACCGCAUCUGGUUCUUCCCGUACCUUCGCCAACUCAUCAAGGCUCAGUUAGCGAUCGUUGAAGCGAAGCCAUUUUUGGAGAUCGCUGUCAACGGGGAACGGUUGGUGUACUGGGAGUCGCGGUCGAAUGUCACACAGAAGAAGCCGAAAACGUUCAUCGUCGAUUCGGGGGAGGUUAGUAUCGUGGAGCGUGAGUUUGGGUACGUUUGUCGUGCCAAGACGGAAAAGGCAGAGGCGGAGAAGCCGUGGUACGAUGAAGUGUUUCGGGAUGGGAAGGGAGACCUAGAGACCUAG